UCAGUUUUUGAUAAUCUAUUGAAAGGAUAAAAGUGUAUGUAUGUUGCUUCAAAAGAUAAUAAUUAUAGUUGAGAGAAUUUAUUUGUAAUCGAUUGUGACAGUUUCAAUCAUUCAACGUGUGCAGAGCAGAGCAAAGUUCCUGAACCACGACAUCAUCUCCUGCCCUAUAUAUACCAGGCACUUGGAACAUCGUCUUCCAUUCACGAAACUAAAGAGCAUAAGGACAAGAAGAUCUCAAACCUCCGAAAAUUAAUACCAAAAACAAAAUGUCACCCUUAAAUCCCCUCAGAAACAAAAAGAAGUCCAGAGCGCGUAUACGAUCUCUACCGGAGCCUCCCAAUGGAACUAGCCCUGGGCAUUCGCGGAGCCGUCGGCACCGACGACGUCGACCCGGUGGUCACGGCCGGAAGGUGUUACUGCGUGCUGUACUGGAUCGAACCGGACAACGUGUUUCACACCCGGCCGGUUCACCCCUCGCGGAACAACCCAGUCUGGGAGGAGCUUGAUGUCCUUCCGGUACUUGACUAUGCUCCUGAAAACUCGGGCUUCCUCCACGGAGAGGUCGCUAGGUUGUGCUCCGACACCGACCCGGGACCCUCCUCCGGGUCGGUGAUCGUGGGUAGGGCUAGAGUGCCCUUGCCGAAGAUACCUUACUGUACGAUUGAAGAUCGCUUUGGCCUCGUGAAGCAUAUUGGCGAAGGGCACAUGUGUCUUGCAGGAGAUAUUAUUCUGUGCAUGAAACUCCAGAGAGCGUGGCCUUUCCAGCGGCCUGAUUAUAUGAUCAAUAAUCAGCAGUUAGAAAAUUCUGACUCUGGCUGGUCUCGAUCAACUCACAGAAUUAAUUAAGGCUUCUUUUUUCAGGCACUGAUGAUUAUGAGUUGGUGUAGCUAGCUCGAGAGAUAUUGAGGUGGAAUUAAAAGACAGUUUAUGUGGUUUCUGGUGCACAGAUAUUAGAUUCGUGUUGGGUCCCGGAAGAGAA